CUCAAAUUUAACUUCAAGAAUGGCGGCACAAAUCAUCGCGUCCACAGUUUAGGUAUCAAGCCCAACACCAUGAUUGUAGGUGCAGACGUUACACACCCUGGAAGAGAUGCAGAUGAGACUUGCCCAUCACUAGCUGGCACCGUUGCAACAUACGAAGAAAGUCAUGCUCACUACCUAGCUUCGGCAAGAAUGCAAAAGAAGAACGAACAUAUUGAGCAACUCUCGGAUAUGAUGUUUGAACAUCUGCAGGCUUACUACACGAAGCGGAAGAAAGUUUGGCCUGAUCACAUUCUGUUCUACCGAGAUGGAGUUAGUGAGAGCCAAUACGGCAUGGUCAAGACUGACGAGCUUCCCGAAAUUAAAGCGGCCAUCGAAAGAGUUCGACAAACAGCCCCUGGCAGAAAUUACAUGCCUAAGAUAACUUUGGUUGUUGUAGGUAAAAGACACCAUUCGCGUUUCUAUCCCGCAAACAAGCCGGAAGACUCCAGAAGUCUAUGUGCGGGGCAUGUGAUGGAUACAAAUGUAGUUAUUCCUCAUGCCUUUAAUUUCUACCUACAAAGCCACGACAGUGCCCUCGGCACCGCUAAGCCUGCUCACUACGUCGUCAUUGUUGAUGAAAGUGGCUACGGAGGAGGAAAGCUACAAGAAGUUACCAACGACCUAUGCUCCUUGGGAUCGAGAUCAAUGAACACACUCUCUGUCUGUACACCUGCUCGAUACGCAGAUUUGUUGUGUAAUCGAUUGAGGGUGUACAUGAAGCCUGUUAUGGAUGGAAAAUUGGACAUUCCAGAAAUUAAUGCGGUGAAUUCCUACCAAAGGAACCGGGAUAUCUGGGGGAUUGGGCGGAACACGGGUAACAAUAAUCCAUGGCACGAAAAUGUCAAAGAUGUCAUGUUUUACCUCUGA